UGAAGGAUGGAUUCAAAUCAACAAUCAAUGAAUGGUCAUCAUCUCAAACUGCCUUACCUAAGUAGUAAAAAACAUUCGAUGUCUAGAGCAGCAAAAGGCCGUCCUUUCAAGGCACAUAUGAUGGGCGAGAAUAAUUAUGGCGAAUGGGAAGGAGAACUAGUGGAAUGCAGAGUGGAUCUACCAUGUGUUAAAAAUUCCCCCAGUAAUUGUGACAUUGGAAGACAUCAUGAAGCAUAUAGAAAUCCGCAUAGUGCAGGCAAUAACUCAACAAAAAUGGAACAUAUGACAAGCAUGCAUAAGGGCACUAGCAAUGUAGAUACAUACCUCCCAUCAUCAAAUGGAUUACACAGUUACCAAAUUGAUCCAUUAUUCAACUCGCAGGAUGCAAUCAACGGUUUUGUAACAAGGAGGAAUCAGAGACAAUUGCAACAGUCAAUGAAGAUAAAAACAAGCACAUCUUUCCAUAAGGAAAAAGAGAUGAUUGUUGAGGUCUCAACCGAUAAGGGCAUUGCAUCUGCUUUUACAAAAUUUCUAGACAACUAUAAACCGUACGGAAAAGACGGGUUAAAGAGACGAAACGUUGUAUCCAAAAAGCCAUCUUCACCCGCUGAAUCUUUUUGGAAUUCUAAGGACAUCAAAAUGUGUAGUCCGUUUAAGGCGUGCAGGGGUUUAACACCGGAAAAGUAUGAAUCAGUCGGACCCACGUAUGCAACAACGAAACAAGAUACAGUGAACAUGCCCAUAGCAACCCAUUUCCCUAUACACGGUUUGUUCAUCGUUGAUGCUGACCCCGAUGUGGACCAAGAUAUUCUCUGCUAUGAACACUUAUUUAAGGCUGAAUUAGAUUUAUUCAUCGAGAGGGGUGAAUGUGUUGAUAUAGGAGAUAUGGAUGAAUGGCUUCAUCAAGCGGGAUUGACUAUUCCUCAGAUUCUUCUACAUCGGACAUCAUAUCGGCGACUUGUAAGACUGAAUUCUAAAUAUUUCGGCAAGCGCAUAUACCCAUAUAAUGGUGAGCUGGAUACCUUAAAUGUUGAUGGAUUUCAUCCCUUCGAUGUCAAUAACAAUACGCUAGAACCUUUCAAUGACACUCCGUCGGUUAAUGUUGAUGCUGCGAAGGUAAAUAAAAGGAGGCCCUGUAUUACAGUUACAACUGGUCAGACGCACAUUGCCAAUUGGACAACACAGUCAGAUAUAUAUGGACAAUCAAAACCCUCAGUACAGCAUUUCUUUGAAGAAAAAAAACGAAAAACGAAUAAACCACCAUCUUCGCCAUUUAUAUUGUCGAAUGUUUGGUCUCUAUUUGGUGUACAUACGAACGGUCAUAGUACUCCUAAAUCAAUUGGUUGGACUGUGAGUGACACUGAAAUGCACACGGCUUCAUCUGAUAAUAGCGGACGUCUAUGUUUAAUGGAAAGACAGGAGGGGUCAAUGUAUAACACAUCUCAGGUGGAUGAGUCUAACGAGUAUACUGUCGUAUCAGUUCAUCAACGUAACUUCAUUCUAAAGAUUCUAUUGCGUUUUCCCUUUUUGGACCUCAAAAAAUUAGGCCUAACAACUCUCUAAUAUAAUUUUGUUUAAUAUCAUUUAGGUUUUAUUCAAUCCACGAACGGAAUGUCUAGCUUUAUUCACAUUCAAUGUUG